GGUUCGGGCAAACUCGUGUUCUCUCGGCAGUUUCCGGCCGCCGUGUCUCGUUCCGGGUUUGCUCGUGUUCUCUCGGCAGUUUCCGGCCGCCGUGUCUCGUUCCGGGUUUGCUCGUGUUCUCUCGGCAGUUUCCGGCCGCCGUGUCUCGUUCCGGGUUUGCUCGUGUUCUCUCGGUAGUUUCCGGCCGCUGUGUCUCAUUCCGGGUGGGUUCGUGUUCUCUCGGCUGUUUCCGUCCGCUUUCUCUCGUUCCGGGUCUGCUCGUGUUCUCUCGGCUGUUUCCGGUGCAUCUCUUUCAGGUUGGAAAACAAACCACCGGUUCGUGUUCUCGGCCUUCUUUCCCUGCGGCUUCGGUCUUCUUAUUGUUUGACGGUUUCUUCCGUUCGGGAGAGACUUUUGUUCCUUUACCGGUUCACCGUGAACAUCCUCCGCGCUGCCGGUGGCUCCCCGGCUCUCCGCUACUGCUCGGAUAUAUUCGGCUCUUGUCGUUCGGCGGAAGAAUGGACGAAGCGGACUCGGCCACGAAGGCGCUCGGGCUGCACGAGCCGCCCAUCGGGCCUCCGGUGGCGGGAGUCGGGUCGGAUACCGAGUCGGAGGCCGAAGUCACAGCGAUGGCGGUGAUGGCCGAACCGGGAAACAUCGACAUGGGAGCCGAGUCCUUGCCGAACCCAGACGAGGCCGAGGCGGCUUUUGCAGAGGUGACGUCGGUAACCGCGGUGACGGUGGGAGACGUUCACGCUGCAGACGACAACGUCUUCACCACCACGGUCGCUACGUCAGGAAGUCUUCCUGAACACGUGCUGAGUGGGAGGACCACCCUGCAGCUGGGUGAAGGUCUCAGCACCCAGAAGGCGACUCUGAUCGUGGUUCACACCGACGCCAGCAUCGUGGAGGCUGCAGGUCUGAAGUCUGCCACACCAGGUAGGCCUGUACCCCCCCCCGCCCCGCUGACCCCCCCCCAGGACAAAGACUCCUGCUCUAAGUAUAACUGGGACCCGUCGGUCUACAACAACGAGCUGCCGGUCCGCUGCAGGAACACCAGCGGGGUUCUCUACAAGAACCGCCUCGGAUCAGGAGGUAAAGGCCGCUGUGUGAAGCACAACCAGACGUGGUUGACUCCUACAGAGUUUGAAGGUUUGGCCGGAAGAGCGAGCAGCAAAGACUGGAAGAGAAGCAUCCGCUACGCAGGGAGACCGCUGCUCUGCCUCAUACAGGAGCGUAUCCUGAACCCUCAUGCUGCCUCCUGUACCUGUGCAGCCUGCUGUGACGACCUGACUGCGUGUUCAAAGGAAGGAGACACUCUGGCAGCCGAGAGCAUCAAUAUGACGGGUCCGGUUCGGCUCUUCGUGCCGUAUAAACGGAGGAAGAAGGAUUUGGAGCCGCCGCUCGUUCCCGCCAAGAAGGAACUUCCUUCCCCCAAAAACAUCACUCUGACCCCCGGCACCACAUUCACAGUGUCUCCGUCGGGACAGAUCACAUCGGGGACGUUGACCUUUGACCGCUCAGCAGGCGACGCUGCUGCUGCUGCCGCCAUCAUCUCAGAGAGCUCAGCGCAGAGCGAGGUGUUCGCCAGCACCGCAGUUCUCACAGCGUUGCCGGCGCUGGCCGUGUCUCCGCAGCCCGUCCAGGCUAAGAUGGCGGUAGCGGCGGCGGCUCCAUCGGUGGGUCUGGUGGGGGGGCUGGAGAUGAGCCCAGUGGGGGGGGGGAUGGGGUCUGUGGGGGGGGAGGGGCAGAAGAACACCUGGCUGUACCUGGAGGAGCUGGCCAACACGCUGCUGAGUAACGUCCAGCAGCUGAAAGCUCUGAUCGAUCAGGCCAAACACACCGAGGGGGGGGCAGGGGUCAAAGGUCAGGGGGGCCGCAAGGAGUGUGGUCUCUCUCAGCAGUUUCACAGUCAGAUCUCGUUCCAGUCUGAUGACUCGGACUCUAAACGCAGCUCUGACAUCACAGAGAUCAUCAUCAACCAGAUGUGUGUGAACUGCGGUCGGGUGGCGAUGAGCGAAUGUACCGGCUGCCACAAAGUGAACUACUGCUCCACCUUCUGUCAGAGAAAGGAUUGGAAGGAUCAUCAACACACCUGCUGUCAGUCAGCAGGGGGCGUGUCCGUGCAGGAGGAGGAGCCAAUCACAGCCCUGGACAUGGACAAAGUGAAAUGACGCUGUUUUUUCGGGAUCGGUCAGGUGAUCCCCGCAGACAGGAAGUGCUCUGAGGACUCAAUGUCUCCUUACU